AGAGAGAGAGAGAGAGGGAGAGAGAGAGAGAAUCAUCUGAUUAUUCGUUUGAAGAACAAUUGAAGAACAUCUGCAUAGAGAAAAGAUCGAUCGCCAGAAAUGGGUCGGGUUUUUUUGGAGGAUUACGGGAAAGGUGAUGGAUAUGAAACACAAUACUUCAUGUGCAACAAAUGCCGCACCUAUAUUGCAUUACCCGAACACCAAUUCCUUCUUCCACGAGCUCAACAGCAUGUUCGCAUCUUCAGUAAAGUUGCGAAUGUGGAGGUUGACGAACCUGCUCGAUACUACAAAUAUGGUUCGCACACGAUUGCUGAUAUCUACUGCGUCAAAUGUGGCAAUAAACUGGGCUACAAAUACAUUGAGGUUGGUAAGAACAAGCGGUUUAUUCUCCGAAAUGGAUAUGUGAACUUGAUGAUGGUAAAUUUCUGGAGGAAGUGUGCUGACCUCACUGUAGAUGCGGUGACAAUGCAAUCGAUUGACUCGUGAUCCGUAAUUCUACGUUUUCUGAUUUCAUGCAUGCAGGCUAAUAUUUAGCUGAAGUUUAUAAUAAUAUUUUCGAUUUUUUUUUCGGUAAUGAAUUUUGACUUGUAUUCUGCGUUAUCCGAUUCUUCGCGGACUAAAACUUAGCUUACAUAUUGUUGAAGUUGCUAUAGUUCUUGGAAAUUUAGCUGAAGUUGAUAUAAUGUUUUCGAUUUU